AUGCAGCUGAGGACGCGGAAGACGGUCGACGGCGACGAGAACGAGGUGCCUCUGAUCCCAGAAGACCCCGAGGACAUGUGGCAUGCCUACAAUCUCAUUGUCCCCGGCGACCUGGUCAACGGGCACGCGGUCCGCAAAAUAGUCUGCACCGACGACGACACGGGCGCCUCGACGGCCAAGCGAGUCCACACCGACCUGACCGUCAAGGUCAAGUCGACCUUUUUCGACCCCGCCGUAUCCUCGCUCCGGGUGUCGGGCGUCGUGGUCAACGAGAACAUGUACGUGGCCCGCGGCGCCCACCACACGCUCGAGAUCGAGGUCAACCGCGACUUCUCCGUCACCAAGCCCGACGGCUGGGACUCGGUGUCCAAGGGCACGCUGGCCCAGGCGCUCUCGGACGACAAGAACGGCGCCCUGGCCGCCGUCGUCAUGCAGGAAGGGCUGGCCCACAUCUGCCUGGUCACGCAGCACCGCACCGUGGUCAAGACGCGCGUCGAGAGCGUCGUCCCCAGGAAGCGCGACUCGGCUGCCGACCAGGACGCCGGCGUGAGGCGCUUCUUCGACAAGACGCUGGCCUCGCUGCGCCGCGCCGUCGACUUCUCCGGCUCGCGGCCCCUGCUGCUGGCCAGCCCGGGGUUCGUGGCCGCCGACUUUAAGGAAUACAUCAUGAGGCAGGGCCGGGACAGGUCGGACAAGGGUCUGAUGGCCAUGUCCCGGCUGGCGACCGUCAUCCACGCCCACUCGGGCCACAUGCACAGCCUGAACGAGGUCCUGCAGAGCCCCGAGGUCGUGGCGAGGAUGAGGGACAUGAAGUACACCAGGGAGGCGCACUACAUGGACGACUUCUUCCACAAGCUGAAGAAGGACGACGGACGGGCUUGGUACGGCACGGCCGUCGUGGAAAAGGCCGUCGCGGACGGCGCAGUCGGGCCCGGCGGCGGCGUCCUCCUCAUCAACAACUCCCUGUUCCGAAGCCAGGACCUGGCCACGCGGAAAAAGUACAUUGCGCUGGUGGAAAAGGUCAAGGCGGACGGCGGCAUGGUGCGGAUACUGAGCAGCGAUCACGAGAGCGGCCAAAGGCUGGGCAUGAUGGGAGACAUUGCCGCCAUGCUCAACUACCCCAUGCUGGGGCUGGACGAGGAUGACCAAGAGGCGGAAGGACAAGACGCACCGAUUGAGGAUGGAGGUGAUGAUGGGGAAGAAGAUGACGGCAUGCUAGACAGCGUAAUAUGA